GCGACCGCUAUGCUGCAACCACAACAGAUUCGAAAUAUCAAAGGGACGUUGGGAUCCAAUGACCGCCGGUCCUAUUUCAAAUAUCCCAGAAUGGAAAGUGUAUUACCAAAACGGGUGCGGGGAAAGCUGGCGCUGUCCUCGUCGAUUCGAAGAUCGCAGUUGCAGCAACGCCGUGCUUUGCAAGUGUCUGAUUGCCUCGUUCCAUGUCCAAAGGCUAGUGCGAGGUAUUAAAUCUCGUAGUCUCAUUUGGAUCCCGCAGAGCUGAUUGGUAGAAAUUGGCUUUCGCUUUCCGAGUCUCUUCUCUGGAUGUACUUUAUGUUCGAGCGAAGUGAGUGCAUACGGAAUUCGAUUUGCUCGAUCACGAUGGGAUUCUGCGUCUCCUUCAGUCCAUCUCCUUUUUCAAACAAUCGCUCUCACUGGCAAUUUCUGAGCUUGGCACUGAUGACACGUGACGUGAUGACCUAAGCUGAUACGCCAGGUCGCAGUCUAGUUCAUCUUCGUCCAUCGACUGGGAAUGGAAUCACUGAGGUUAGAACCAUCGACUUGGCUGCGUCUGGAAUAGUUUUCAUGUUCGGUCGAAGAACAUCCACCAUCUCUGCGUCAGCAGACGUCCAGUUGGUUCCGAGAUGUUCGGAGCAGUUCCGAUAUUCAAGGAGCUGACACAAGAGCUGACACAGAAUAUACCCAGAGCCAAGGCAGAGAGAGCGCCGGACUGCCGGGAAUAUUGCACAGCUGCUAAAGAUCUGGACCCGCGAGAGUCUGCGGAUGAUGGUGUUGCUGCCAGACGAAUAUCAUAUCACGAAGGUUCAGUCACAGCAGUUGACAUAAACGUGUUCCGCCCCGGGAGAUGCGUCUCUCUUGCCGAGAAAGGGUCGAAGAGAUGAGAUGAGCAGGAGGAGGCAAUGUGUCGAGUAUGCAGGCAACGGGUUGUUUUAGGCAACGAAAGCCCCAUAUACAGCGAAAAAUAGACGCAUGCUCAUCCAAAAAGGGUCCAUGCGAGCCAAGCGGGUAGGAAUUUUGCGGCUGCAGAGUCUGAAAUGAACGAUAUCGAGCUGCCAAUGAGUGGUACAGACGAGAUCUAAAGGGGGAGAUGGAUGAAAUCGGGAAUCAAAGUCCGUAGGACCUUCUGUACGUACAAAUGCAAACGCCUUCAGGAUAACUAUGUAGCUACUUGCAACUUCUUCUUCCCUACCGUCAUGUCCGCUCCCUCUCCUCCCCCCAAGCGCGACUCUGCGCCUGACGGCCCCUCCAAGAAGCGUCGCAAAGGCGCAACACGAUUGUCUUGCGCUGAGUGUCGAAGACUGAAAUUGCGCUGCGAUCGUUCCAUCCCCUGCGGUUCUUGUGUAAAGGUACCUGCAGACGACUUCUUCAAUCGAGCCAUUAUCAACAUCUGUGUCUUCAGCGCGGAUGUGGUGCCAUCUGUCCGGAUUUUUGUCCUCGCAUCAACUCAAGAACUACACGAAAAGAUAUCUGAAUUGGCCAAUCGGGUCCGGGAGCUUGAAGAUGCACUACGCGCAUCGCACGGCCGCGUCUCAAACGAGCAGCACCAUUUACUUUCCGAGGAUCUACUCCGUAUCAAGGCCCCUUUGCAGCGGGAAGCCCAUGGACUACGAAACCAGUCUCACACCGGGAUAAUAGUGAAGGAGGAAGAGCACAAUCCUGAUGUUGUCGACGCGUUCGGCUCCCUUUCAAUUAGUCUAUCUGGUGGGGCGAAGUACUUUGGGACAACAGCCAAUUCUUGGAAUGAGACGGCAGAAGAGCAACCGGAGGACAGUCAUCUUGCCAGCCUACAGGGUAUGCUUCCGGAGCACAUCCUCACUCGCGCGGCCGCAUUCCCCAUCUCUCCUGUGGCACCACCAGCGAACCAGGGGGAAUCCAUCCGCGGACUAUUCUGGUUCCUACCAUCUGGAGCAAAAGCAGCAGCCCUACGUGACAUUUACUUUACUCACGCCGCAUGGAUGUACGCUCCUAUUUCUCCGGAGUCGUUCGAGGCCGAGGUUUUUGCCCAGUUCUACGACCCGAGUGCAGCACCGCCAAGCGACCAACCCAUUUCCGCUCAUCGCCUUUCACUCUUAUUCAUUGUGCUUGCCAUUGGCUCGCUCGUCGAUACCUCUCAGCCUGCAUAUAACCUCGAGGCGGAGAAGUAUCACCAACUGGCCCGUGCCUCGUUGUUCCUGCAUUCGUUUUUCGAUCAGCCAACCAUCAAUGCUGUGCAAUCUCUGUUCCUGAUGGCAUAUUACCUUUUCUUAGCUGACCGUCACGGCACCGGCUCGGGUGCUCGAUGGGCUAUUAUGGGCAUCGCUGUCAAGGUUGCUCAAAGCCUUUUCACCUAUGAUUCCUGGCAAUGCCUCACUUUCGGGCGGCCGACCUCAUUCGCGAUGGCUCAUGUUGACUGUAAACUGCCCAGCCUUGGCGAGCCUGCUGAUGACCAAGCCUUCUACGCGUGGAAACAUAGGUUCUGCUCAGAAUGCAUGAUCUUGCUCCACGAUCAGGCAUUCGGUGCUAAAACUCCGACCUAUGCUACUGUCCUCCAACUGGACCGGAAACUCCGCGCUUUCCCGGUGCCGAGUGUCCUGCAAGUCGCGGGAUUCGGCAGCUCCGAGCCACGUGCUGGGUAUGUGGAGACAGUCAUGCUUACAUUGCAACGGCAUAUUGUGCUGGCGAUCAGAGAAACCAACCUAUUAUACCUUCACCGCAGUUUCUUCGCUCGUGCUAUCAGCGACCACCCCAAUGAUCCACUUGGCAGUCCAUACGGCAGCUCCGUCAUUGCCGCGUACCGCAGCGCAGGAUCUCUGCUAGCCCUCCUGCGAAACUUGCACAGCCAGCUCAAAGAUCUGAGUGAACGGAUAUGGUUCCUCUGGACGCAUAUGUUUUCGUGUGCAAUUAUCCUGGGAAGCAUCGUCACCCGCUGCCCGUCCAUGAGUCUCGCCCCAUCGGCCUUGCUCCAAUUGGAUUCUGCAUGCGAGCUCUUCUCGAAAGCUGCCCGAGGCUUCCGUGCUGUCAAAGUCCUCAACAUUAUGCUUCGACUUCAAGAGAAAGCCCAUCACAGUCUCGAAGACCACAGAAAGGGUAAAGUGUCCCCGAUACUGCACCGGCACAUGUCAUCGGAUGGCACGCCCACAGUAGAGGAAAACGACGAGCUGUCGACCCUGGGUGGCAGGACCCGGUUAGUCGCCAAGAAAGAGCCUCUUUCGCCAUUGUUACUCGAACGCUCCCCGACAUCCCACACUCCAAUUGUACCGUUGCCGCUAUCACCCUCAGUCAACGAGCAGAUGCAUCCCACCGUGCUGGAAUAUCUCAACACUUUCCAACAGCCCAUGCAUGGCUCGUAUCCUGAUGCAGAUGUCGACAUAUCCCCUGUCUCCAUGUACGGCAUGUCCACAGUUCCUGGGCCAUCUUCGUACCACUCCGAAUCCAAUGGUUCGUAUCUGGCGCAACCGGCGAACCAAGCCAUGGACACGUCUUCGUCUUCGUCGCCGCAGUCCUCUGUGUUCCACCAGAACAUGGCUGUCCACACUAAUGGUCACCAACGGUCCCACGGCAUGAGCAACGGCAACACCUCAUCCCAGGCCAUGUCUUUCCCGUCUUACUUCCCCGUGUACGACUACCGGACAGCGAACAUGGACGCGUAUUCCUCCGUCCCGACUCUGGACGUCAACCCGAUGCCCGGACAGCGCCGCUCCUCGACCGGUUCACCAGAGUCGGGUGGGAACAUGCAGGCGGCGAUCUGGAACGACUUUGUGGGCGAUCUCAUGAAUUGA